CAGUCGCUCACGGCUCAUCUGUGAGCCCUUCUCUCUCUCUCUCCCUCCCUCCAAAUGAAAUAACCACAACCUCUGUAACUCUUUUAGAACUUUCUCUCUCUUUGCACUCUUUCCUUCGAACUUUGUUAUCAUGGCUCUGACAGAACUCUCACCCUCAUACACAACUCGUUUUCCGUCUUCUCAACUCGCACUAGUUUCAACUCGUCUGUAUAGUCACCGUCGGCUAGCACUGCGGCCACCCUCUCGAGCACGGAAUGCCAAAGUGUUGUGUUCCAUUGCACCCAACGAAGUUAAGGCCCCGGUAACUCCGCAGGUUAACCAGACCGAAAACAAGACCGAUUGCUUCGGAGUGUUUUGUCUAACUUAUGAUCUCAAAGCUGAUGAGGAGACAAAAUCAUGGAAGAAAUUAAUAAAAAUUGCAGUUUCAGGUGCUGCUGGAAUGAUAUCUAAUCAUCUACUUUUCAAACUUGCAUCUGGUGAGGUUUUUGGGCCAGAUCAACCCAUUUCUUUGAAAUUGUUGGGAUCUGAAAGGUCACUCCAAGCACUUGAAGGAGUUGCUAUGGAAUUGGAGGACUCCUUAUACCCCCUCCUGAGGGAGGUAAGUAUUGGCAUUGAUCCUUAUGAGGUGUUCCAGGAUGUAGAAUGGGCUCUUCUGAUUGGAGCAAAGCCUCGAGGACCUGGAAUGGAACGAGCAGACUUACUAGACAUAAAUGGGCAGAUAUUUGCUGAGCAGGGAAAAGCACUGAAUGCAGUUGCAUCGCGUAGCGUUAAAGUGAUAAUUGUUGGCAACCCCUGCAAUACAAAUGCCCUUAUUUGUUUGAAAAAUGCACCAGACAUACCUGCAAAGAACUUCCAUGCUUUGACUAGGUUGGACGAGAAUAGAGCCAAGUGUCAGCUUGCUCUUAAGGCUGGUGUCUUUUAUGAUAAAGUGUCAAAUAUGACUAUCUGGGGGAACCACUCAACUACCCAGGUUCCAGACUUUUUAAAUGCUAGAAUCAAUGGCAUACCUGUGACAGAGGUUAUUAAGGACACUGAUUGGUUAGAGAAAGAGUUCACUGAGAAGGUCCAGAAGAGAGGGGGUGUGCUGAUUCAAAAAUGGGGAAGAUCUUCAGCUGCUUCCACUGCCGUUUCAAUUGUUGAUGCCAUAAAAUCCCUAAUUACUCUCACUCCCAAGGGUGAUUGGUUUUCUUCAGGGGUUUACACCAAUGGAAAUCCUUAUGGUAUUGUCGAAGAUAUAGUCUUCAGCAUGCCAUGCAGAUCAGAUGGAAAUGGUGAUUACGAGCUUGUCAAAGAUGUGAUCAUUGAUGAUUUCCUGUGUGAGCGCAUAAAAAAGACUGAAGCUGAGUUGCUUGCUGAGAAGAGAUGUGUAGCUCACCUUACAGGGGAGGGUAACGCCUACUGUGAUCUUCCUGGAGACACAAUGCUUCCUGGAGAGAUGUAAUCACCAAAUAGGAGGAUAUUCUCUAGAAAGUUGUGAAGGCUUUUACCAGAACAGCAGAAUAGCAGAGCAGAUUUUGAAUUGAGAAUCUGAUGUUUUUGCCCUUAUAUGCCAUCCCAUAAUAAGUAAUAUUAGUAGGCCAAGUCAGUGAAGAGUGUUCUGGGAGGAAAAAAAAAAUUCUAGCGGUUUUGAUUCAUCGACAAAUUUUUGAGGUCCUCGCGUCUCAUGAAUAGCCUCAAGCUGUACCAAUGCCAUUUUUUAAUGUAUCAUCCUACUUGUAUAUCUAACUGUAUAAUCCUUUCUCUGAUUUCAUGGAUGGGUUUUGUGGCAAUGUUCAAUUAUGUUGAAUAGAAA